AUCUCGUUAUCUCAAAGAUAUCUGGGACGAAGUGGGAAUCAUAUCUUGAUGCACAUUCAGCUAAAUAGUUGUGUUUGUUCAGUGAUUUAAUGUUGCGUGAUCUUAAUGUAUGAGGAAGUAUGGGAUAUUUUAAUUAUAAGAACUGGCUUAGCUGGCGUUUGCUUCGAACUCACUUGUACACUUUGGCUGUGAGUGCAGGCUUUAGCAGUAGUUGGCGGACUCCAAGGGAGGCGUUUCUGUAUGGAGGUCUUAGUUUUUCGUUAGCGCUAACUGUAGCAGCGGUGCUGAUUGCACUGCCGACGGUGUUGCUGCAACUUGCCGUGGGCCAGCUUAGUCAGCAAGAUGCUGCGGGAGUGUGGAGAGCGGUUCCAUUUUUUAAAGGCGUUGGUUUUUUACGUUUGUUGAUAUCUUUUGUGGGCUCCAUUUACAGUGUGAUUUAUGUUGGCAUGUGUGCUAUUAAUUUUUUCUACACCUUAAACAGUACAUUUGCCGACUGCAUGGAGGUAAUAGCGAUGGAUGAUGUUUUACAGGUUGAGAGCGAUAUUUAUGCAACUGCGUGUUCAAACGGAACCUUUUUGGCUCCUGUUAAUGAGCAACCAGAGUAUUACUUAGCUCUGGCAUUAAUUAUUAUUGUGCUUUGGACAGUGUUUCCUUUUAUUUUUUACAAUCCAGUAAAAUUUAUGAAGAGAAUAUUCUACAUUACUGGACCUAUAGUUUAUUUACUUGGAGUUAUUAUCGUAUCUUUUAUCGGCACGACCGAGGGUUUAUCGUCCUUUACCGAAAGCGAUGAUUGGAUUAACUUUUUGAGGCCGUACAUUUGGUAUAGUGCGUUAACUCAGGCUUUGCUUUCCACACAGACAGCUGGAGGCUAUCUUAUAUCGUCCGGCGAUUCUCUAUACUCCGAUACCGACGUUCAGUAUACCUCAUUUGUUUUUGUCGGCUUCAAUAUCGUUUCAUGUUGGACUGGAACAUUGUUCUGGUUCGCUGUAGGCGGAAGUGAUGCCAAAGUCACCAGCAGCGCGGCCGUGCUCGUACAAAUACACAAGGUUACCAUAGAACGAAAUCUAAGCAACGCGUGGCCGAUCUUGUUAUAUUUACUAUUAUUUAUAUCGGGCAUUAUAACAAUGAUUACAUUCCUGUAUCCUUUGUAUGAUCGUUUCCGCCGCGUGGGCGGGUACAAAUGGCGAUAUUUAUCUGUGGGCAGUUCGAUUGUGGGCGUUGGAGCCGCUAUCGCCGUGCUAGCUUUCGGUCACUCACCGCUCACCCUGCUUGAGGACGUCGUUAUGCCCCUCAUGAUCAGCUUCGCCACCUUGGUUGAGAUAUCCGCUUUUAUAUUUAUUUAUGGAUGGAAAGUGUUGGUUGAAGAUAUCGAAUUUCUCAUUGGAUACAAUCUUCGCAAGUACUGGGUGUUAGGGUGGUUCGUUGUCAUUGGAGUACUUGCACCGUUCACGGCAUGGUGGACGGCGGACUGGUUUCUUGACACACCCAACUGGACAGAGCCUCCUUGGGAAGCGACUAGCAUAGUUAUAACUGCGGGCUUCUCUGUUGUAUUAUUUUUAAUUUGUGCUGCUAUAUCCAUUUCAAAACAAGUCCAAUAUGAUUUCAUGGGGAAGUUAAAAUCGUCAUUUACACCUUCGAGGCACUGGGGCCCUCGGGACCCUAUAACUCACUACUAUUGGCUGGCGCGUCGUGAGGGGAGCCGCGACGUCCCGCAACCGGUGCUCCGCCGUCCGGUCUUAGGAGAGUUUUCAGGAACAUCAAGCUUGUCGAUCAUUAUUAGCCCACACGAAGAUUUUGCUCACGUAAAUAAACGGCGAUCGAAAUCUGACGAUCAGCUCGUUGUGAACAGAAAACAAUAUACCGCGGAAUUGAAUCAAAUUCAAAGCGUCUUCCAAAGACGUUCAAAAUCCUUAGAUUGGAACUUCUCGUCUAAAAGUAAUAUUCAAAAUAAUGUUUCCAUAAAGAAGAGUCAUGAUUUAGAGAGAAAGACACAUCCAAAUGAACCGAUAGUUAUUAUAAGGGAGAUGAAUAAUAAUACUCUUUCAUUAGAAUCUUUAGACAUUUAAAUGUUUUGUGGCAAUCGAAGAAUACAAUUGUAUGCAAGAUGUUUUUAUCUCUAGUCACGUUUUAAAGUAUUGAUUAGGUACGUCGUUAAAUUGUAACGGGAAGUACCUUCAUUGAUUAUAAACAAUGUGAAAUUAAAGAUGGUUGUUCUAUAGCGAUUUAGAUGUUACAUAAUUAAUAAAAACAUUCUUAUAACAUUUUCAAUAAGAAACAUAUCGUGUAUGAAAAAUAUUUCUAUAAAAUAAGAUUAUGUUGUGCUCUGUUUAAAUAUACUUGCAUUGGAGAAACGUGCCGGGAUACUGUGUUCACUGCAAGUUACCCUUGACAUUUCCCAUAAUCAAUACACUUUCAUUAAUUUGCUCUUGCAUUUGUAUCUACGUAUUCAGAUAUUAAUUAUGUAUCGCAGAACCGGAACAAUCAUUGUUAUAUUGUAUUACUAAGUUAUUUACAAUACAAAAGCAACAUCUAUAGACACGAUA